AUGGAGCGUCUUCCCCGAAGUGUCGCUCCUGUUGCACCUCUCGCUGCUCCUCCAUGCACUCCUCAAAGCAUCCCAUGCAUCCCCCUCAUCCUUUCCCCCCUCAUCCUUUUUUCCCUCAUCCUUUCCCCCCCCCACUGCAACGCGUCUCUGGGCGAGUCGUUUGAGGCCGAGACUGCCUUCGUGCACGCCUUGGAGCGGCUCAUCCCAAAGCGUUGCUCUUCAUGCACCCCCCAAAGCACCCUCCAAAGCACCCCUCCGUGUAUCCCCUCGAUUCCUCUCAUCCCCACCGCAUCGCGUCCCUGGGCGAGCCGUUCAAGGCGGAGACACUCGCUGCGUGGCUCCUCACACACCCAAUGCAAUUCUCUCCUCCACACACACAACAGGGCAUCCCUGGGCGAGUCGUUUGAGGCGGAGACUGCCUUCGUGCAUGCCAUGGAGCGCUUCUUCGGAGCGCCCGAGGACGCCGUCAGCAUUGCCACUGGCGGCCCGGUGCUGGGGCAGUUCGUCAUGACGCUGCGCGAUCUCACCAUAUUCAAGGAGACGCUUAAAUCGCAGAUGCGUGAGCGCUUCCUGUCGCUCAAGAAGGGCAUCAAGGCUGAAGUAGCGGCAGAGGCUGAUGAGGAUCUGCAAAACGCGCGCAUGCAGUUUGAGCAGGCGCGCUUCAACCUGAUGACAGCGCUGAGCAGCGCCGAGGCGAAGAAGAAGCACGUGUUCCUCGAGUCCAUUGGCUCUGCUGUGCACGCCCACCUGCGCUACUUCAAACAGUCAAUCUGCUUCUCCAUUCACUCCCUCCCUUCCAUCCGCUCACUCUCUCAGACGGAGCUAGCGGAGCGCAUCUACCAGUUCAGGCGCACGCAGGAGGAGGAGAGCGCGCAGCUGGAGGCAGCCCACACGCACGCGCAGGCACAGGCGCUGGCGCACGCACAGGGGCGGGGGGGCGGAGGGCGCAUGUCGGGGGCUGGCCCGGGGGGCGCGGAGGGGGGAGCGGGCGGGGAAGGGUUUGGGCAGGGGCGGGGGCCGUACAGGCCGUCAGGAGGCGUGACGUCGACCAGUGUGGAGCAGAUGAUGCGUGCUGGUGCAGGCGGGCAGAGGAAGGUGCAGGUGAUCAAGCAGGGGUACCUGGUGAGGCGCACUGCUGCUGCCCGCUCGCGCCACUUCUUUGUCCUCGAUUCAAGGGGCUCCCUUUACUAUCACAAGGAUGCUCAGAACGCGCGCUCCGACACGCUCUCCUCGCUCUUCUCCCUCGUCCGCCCGCGCACUGCUGACGCCGCCCCCGCCGCCCCGCCGCCCGCCAACCCCAUGGCCCAGCACUACCGCCCGCUCGGCGUGGGCGGCAGGGGCGGCGGCGGCGGACACGGAGAGGAUGGGGGAGACGAACACGGCACAGACGCAAUGGGCAUGGGAAUGGGGGGAACGGGUGGAAUGGGGGGAAUGAGUGGGAUGGGGGGGAUGGGCGAGGAGGAGGAGAGGAACCAUAGUCUGCUGUACGAGUCGCUGAACCUGCUGACAGCGACCGUCAAGAUGGACGCUGAUGAGCCCGACCUGCGCUUCUGCUUCCGCCUCGUCACCCCCGACUGCACGCACACCCUGCAGGCGGAGAGUGCAGCGGAGCAGAGGGACUGGAUGGAGAAGAUCACAGCUGUCAUUGCCUCGCUGCUCAACUCCCACACCACUGCCCAGCCAGCGCCAUCAGUGGCGGAUUUAACCAUUUCCCACCGGGCAGCAUCACAGGACGGGCAGGCAGCAGCACUGCCCAUAGUGGAGCGGCCACUGGAGGUGCUGGGCUAUGUGAGCGGCAACGACCGCUGUGCCGACUGCAGCCGGGCGCACCCCGACUGGGCGUCGCUCAACCUCUGCGUGCUGCUCUGCAUUGAUUGCUCCGGCGUGCACCGGAACUUGGGCGUGCAUCGCUCCAAGGUGCGCUCAUUGACGCUAGAUGUGAAGGUGUGGACGGCGCCACUGGUGCGGUUGAUGGCCAUAGUGGGCAACGACUUUGCCAACAGCGUGUGGGAGCAAGGGCUCAAAGACGUGCAGGGGGGUGCUGUGGGCGGGCGAGAGGGGCCUCCAGGUGCAGCGAGCCGCGCCUUGACACGUGCGGAGAGCGAGGGGGGCGAAGGGGAGGACUACAUUCUAUUGUCCAAUGACGGGGGGGCUUCAGCGGCGGCGCCUGCUGUGGUGCACAAGCCGUCAGACACGGACUCGUUGGCAGUGAAAGAGCAGUACAUUCACUGCAAGUAUGUGGAGCGGCGUUUCCAAGCGCCCGCCACGGACAACCCCUUGACCGCGCUGCACCAACUGCGAGCAGCAGUCGCCUCCUGCGACGUGCGCUCCGCCUUCCGCCUCCUCGUCACCGCGCCCGUCGACGUCAACGCUGACGUGGUCGGGGCCGUCGCCAGCGCGACGCCAGCUGGACCAGGGAUCACAAGAGGCAGUGCGGGGAGAACGGGGCAGAGGCUGCUGCAUGUGGCGUGUGAGAGGGGAGACGAGGCGAUGGUGGAGCUGCUGCUGCUGUGGGGGGCGGUGGUGAAUGUGACAGAUGGUGAGGGCAGGACGCCCAUGCAAGUGGCGCUGCAGCAUGGCAACCACGGAUGCUCCAAGCUGCUUGCUAGCAGGGUAUAA